CGGGCAUUAAAGGCAGGGCUUUCCACAACCGCCUCCCUCUAACCACGCAUCCCCGGCCACCUUUAACCGCCGACGCCCGCCCACUCAUUCCCACUGCACUUACUCGCCGCCGAGAGCAGCAGUAGCAGCAGCAUCAGCAGCUGCAGCCGGCCAGCCAGCCAGCCAGCCUCCUUUGCACAGCGCGCCCGUGCCGUGCCGCCCACGCGCACCGGCGGUGGGGGGUGAGGAGCAGUCGGAUCCAGGAGGAGCAAGCAAGGAGGUCGAGUCGGGAAGGAGGGAGAAGGAGCGGCCAGCAGCAACGGUUGUUUGUUCCCCUUGACUGUCAAUCUGCGCCAUACAGGAACUCGAAGGAAACACCGCGCAGAGAAUGGCAGACGUCAGCGUGAAAGGCGAGGAUGGAGGAGACUGCUUUGACGAUGGUGACUAUGAGGAGGUGGACGAGGAAGAGGAUGAAGGCCCCGGAGACAAGAAAGCGGGUCAGCCCCUGGUGGUGUCCCAGGAGGUGCUGCAGGACCCUGACAUGCUCGCCUCGCUCAAGCAGCGCCUCGACAGCGCGACCACCAACCCCUCCGACCACUACCACAGUCUGCCCGGCACGGUGAAGCGGCGGGUGAACGCUCUCAGGAAUCUGCAGCUGCGCUACGUGCAGCUCGAGUCGCGCUUCUACCAGGAGGUGCACGGCUUGGAGCGCAAGUACGCAUCUCUCUACCAGCCCCACCUGCAGCGGAGGCGAGAUAUUGUGAGCGGGACGCUGGAGCCCUCAGAGGUGGAAACCGAAUGGACUCUCAACGACGAAGAACACGAGGCUACCCAGGGAGGGGAGGGGGAGGAGGAGGAGGAGAAGGAGGCCAACAAGGAGAGCCAUGAAGAGCAGAGGGAAGACGUCUUGGGAAUCCCCGACUUCUGGCUCACGAUCCUGAGAAACUCGGACCUUCUCGCGUACGCAGUUCAGGAGCACGACGAGCCCAUCCUCAAGCACCUCCUCGACAUCACCGUCUCGCUGUCCGAGGACGAGGUCCCUCCCUCGUUCACCCUCGAGUUCCACUUCUCAGGUAACGAGUUCUUCUCCAACGCGACGCUCAGGAAGACGUACGAACUGCAGGCGACGCCCGGCGACACGCAGCCCCUCGCCUACGACGGCCCCGAGAUCGUGGCGUGCCAAGGCUGCGAGAUCUCGUGGCUGGAGGGCCGCGACGUGACUCAGCGCGUCGUGCGCAAGCGCCAGAAGCACAAGAGCACGGGCAGCGUGCGCGUCGUCACCAGGACGGAGCGCGCAGAGUCCUUCUUCCACUUCUUCAGCCCGCCACGAGUGUCGGACACCGAGUGCGACAAGGAGGACUUCUUGAUCCAGGCGAUGCUCGCCACGGACUUUGAGGUCGGCCACUUCAUCCGCGACCGCCUCGUCCCGCGAGCCGUGCUCUACUUCACGGGCGAGGCCCUCGACGACGACGACGACGAUGACGACGACGACGACGACGACGACUACGAGGACGACGAUGAAGAGGGAGAAGAGAAUGAGGAGCUCGAUGGGAAGAGAUGCAAUGAGAAUGAGGACACCAAGCCCCAGGUGGGGUGAAUGAAAACGUUUGCCACUCGCAGCAAGAGGAGGAGAGCAGAUCUGGGGGGGGGGGGGGUGAGGGAUGACGGCCCACGAGGCUUCGGGAGUUUCUCUGGACCCCCCCACACCCCCACGCUCGACUCUAGCCAAGACACCGCAACGGCGGCGAGGACGCCGACGAUGUUUUUGUACACUCUGCCUAAACGAAUAAUUCACAAAGACAGCAGCUGUAACACUACUACUACUACCACUAACGGUAUUUAAAUAUACUAUUUUAAUUUAGUCGUGCGUGUGUGCGUGCGUGCGUGCACACGUGCCAAAACGGUCAAAAUGUUUUGAGAACGGAACGGAAUUCAUAUUUGAACCAAUUUAAUGUUUUAUUCUGGUCGGGUGCAGUGAAUGCUCAACAUCAACAGCGAACAAGCGGUGAAAAAAGCCUUAUUGAACAACGGGAGAGUAAAGGGAAACUGUUGGGGAUCGUACAAAGUAGCCAAGCAGACACGAGACCUACCACUAGUCUUAACCACAAGUAGCCAACCAGACGCCAACACUAGCGUAACCGUAACCAAACUUCCCAAACAGACACAACAAGCCCGCCCCUACCCUUUAUACCAGCAAGCUAGCCAACCAGCACCUAACACUUGCCCAAGGGGUUUUGGUCACUAAAAUAACACAGAGCAGUCAUUUUCUUCGAAUUCGUUAGUAAAAAAAAAAAAAUAACCUUGGUAUUUCCAGAGCCACAAUGCGCGUGAAUAAUGUCACGAAGCGGUCGUUGAAGAGCCGCGUGCGGCACAGCGGGCACAGGUUGCAGACCCCCUGCACUAGCCCUACUCCUGACCACAACCCCUACAGCCUGAUCCCCACCUCCUGCACGUCUGUCGGGACGCAUUUUCACUUUUUCACGUUGGCGUUUCGCUAUUUUGGUUUUGACGACACGUGGGCUCCGAGUAAUUUUCUUUUUGCCAGCCACGCCGGGUUGGCGAUGUCGGUAACCCUGUUGACAAUCUGCGCGCAGUCGAGUUACACGAGCCCGUUGCUCGCGACUUAGGGAGGCCGCUGGACUGGAGCCGUGUUUGCUGAACGUUUACCUCGACUUGAAGAGCACUAAACACGCAGGGAGUUGACCUGCUCGAAUCAAGUCGGUCAAUCAGGCUCGAGUUUUUUAGUUUUCGCAGAAUAUAUUUCUCCCCAACCUAAUGCCGAUUGUGCGAUCGACGUCACGUCAUGAGCAUCCCGUUCGGAGGACUCGAGCAUCGGAGUGAAACCCUUUGUGUUUAAGAGAACGAAGCACAAAAGCGGAUAUCACAGAGCUACCUCUGAGAUCCCCCCCCCCCCUCCAAAUGACGUCCACACAGCACGUCGUAAGUUUCGCCGCUGAGAGGCGGCGCAGACGAGAGACGGCGCGAGCGGGACAGAAUAUACGCGACAAGACAAUACAAAUGGGACAGGGCAGGUAAGGAGGCGAUAAACGUUGAAGCUAAUCGUGACCUCGCAUCGUGAGAGGUGGUCGAAAUAUCCGGCGGUGGGUUUUUUUCUGCGGGGGGUGGGGGGGAUGUUAGGAGAGGGUGGCGAUCCACUACUCACCGACCACUAAAAGGUGCAAGUGCCAAGCAUUGAUCCAAGCUUAUGUGCAGUGACGUUUUUAUUUUUUUUAUUAAAACGUUAUUGCGUCCCAUGGAAAAAGCGAUCAUCGAUCAUCUCGUUUCGUCGUACUCAGGCAGUGGGGUGGAAAUUCCACGCUUUUUGCACCGUGCGGGAUGAGCCCAUCCUUACCCACCAUUGACGUACCGUGAAUACCAUCCGGUAUGUCUUUUAGCGACCCCAGAGGCGUGAGGUUGUUCUUUACGAUGAUGUUGAUGAUGAUCGUUCGUUCGUUAAUGCGUUGGGACUGGGGUUACCCUGGCAUGGGGAUUUCAAUUUGUGUCCCCGCAUUUUUUACUUCCGCCAUUCUUGACAACUGAGCUGCUGCAACCCAUUACGGAGGAGCAGACGUUGCCUUCUCAUUCACACAUCUUUCCCUCCAUCUCAGCAGCACCGGUUCAACACAAGCAAUCUUUGGACCGGUUUCGACACACAGUAUCUCUUCAGAAAGUCGGGUCCGUUUGAACCGACGUUGCUGAACUGCCAUUUAUUCAUAGGCGACGGCCCCUCUCUGUCAGAUGUGUCUCCUAUAGUUCAAGCGUCAUGGAGACUAUAAAUAACAAUGAGCAGACAAUAUAUGUCCACAUAACCUCAUUCACGAAUAAUUGUUAUUGCAAUGGCUAGCUACUACUACUAUCACGAUCAGCCUCGAUCGAUCCACUGCUAGAAGAAGCCCUCCCCAAGCUGUCGCCAUCCUGCACGACUUGGGCGACUAUCGAAGAGAAAUGUCCUCCAUUCAUAUUUAUUUACUCAACAUAUCCCAUUCUCAAAACGUUUUGACCGCACCAUGCGCAUAUAUAUAUACUGUAAUAGGGUCAACAUGUGUGCUUUGGAAAAUGCCUAUACCAGUCGAAGUGCAUUAUAAAUGGAGACGUGUGCGCUAUGUAGUUACAGUCGCUCGGAAAAUGACAAAUCACAUUGUACUCAUUGGGCAUUGCUGCUGAACACAAUAAACAAGUGUGCACUUACAGGUG